AUGAAGGAGGCAUUGGACAAUAUACAGCUGGAAAACCUUGUGGACUGGAGCAAGCCUAUGUUCUGGCAAGUCGGGCAACUUGGCAAGCAGUACAAGACAUGGGUGCACCUACCUGUUGACAGGCCACUGCGCCUUUUUCGCUAUGACUUCAUAGAGUUUUUCUCUAAAACGCCAUGGUUUGUGGUACCUAUUGUGUGGUUACCUCUUGCCAUAUAUCUACUGUACAGAGGAGUCCUUAUGUCAACCGUUUUGCAUGACAGUGCUGGACCUGCUUGGUAUUCGGCUUUGCUACGUUACACAUUUCUAGCAUCAUGUGUAGGCGUGUUUGUCCUUGGCUGUAUAGGCUGGAGCUUGAUAGAAUACUGUCUCCAUCGCUUUGUGUUCCACGCAGAACCACCGUCAGAAUCUCCGUUCUGGAUUUCAAUGCAUUUCGUUCUGCAUGGUCAACAUCACAAGGUACCAUUUGACCCAGGAAGGUUGGUGUUCCCACCUGUUGCGGCGUCUCUAUUUGUAAUCGUCUUAUACUUCAGUCUCUGCUCUUUGCUACCUGAUGCAGUAGCGAGCUGUUACACAUCCGGUACGCUGUUUGGGUACGUGUGCUACGACUUGACACAUUACUACCUCCACCACGGAGUGCCAAGUAACGGUAGUUAUUUCGCCCGCCUGAAACAGCACCAUGUGCAGCAUCACUUUGCUCAGCAGAACAGAGGUUUUGGAAUAUCCACGAAGCUAUGGGACCAACCAUUUAAUACAAUGAUUAAAUGGAAUUGUCCCGCGGAGGAGGAGGAUGACGAGAAAGAAGGUCACAAGUCACAAUGAUUGGCAUGAUGGCAUAUAGGGCUUCACCAUGCAUUGCAUCAGAAUUCCAUAGUCACUAUAAUGCAUGUAUAUUUGCAAGUAUCUACUUGACAACAGAAUAGCUGUCAUCCAAGUACACUGUGCAUAAGAGCAGCGGAUUCGCCAGCAGUCCGAAAGCCAUCUUUCUCCUAAACCAAAUACAAUAUUACUAUACUGUAUACUGUAUUGUAGCCUCUAUUGUAUAGUAUAAGCUAGCCUCUUAUAACCAUCCUCUCUGUGUAAUAAUCAACCUAUGGCUUUAUGGGGAUCUAAAAUCAUUCCGAUGUCUGUGGGAGGGACUGCUAGAUUUAAAAAAAUGAAGAUGCAUGUAGUUGCAGAUUCAUUGAUGAUGAUUUUCUGUAACGAUGUUAAUGACCACAUUUAUACGAGAAAAAUUCCCCAUGUCAUGCAUCUGUGCGAUGCAAAAACCCACGUCCACCAUGUUUUUCAAGCAUGGGUUAUUAGAAAAAAAACUGGUAAUUUUGUAACUACUAUCCAGAAGUGGGACAGCACACGGAUUAUUUAACAAAUCCUAUUAUCAAAAAUAUCGCCCUCAUUGUAGCGCUAGUUAUAGGUAGCCCUAACUUAUAACAAACGACUUUUUAUCUUUGAUGUAAUAAUAGGCCUCUGCUACGGGUGGUUUUAGAUGGUGCCCUAGUGAACAUUCCCUGAUUAACUUUUAUUGCGUGGGGGCAAGGCUAGCUAAGAAAAAUGUGCGAACUGUAAACCAAAACCAAAAAAAAAACAUGUAUAUCUCAAGCGUGGAUUUUUAAAAUAUUCGUAAGUCUUUUGUGUAGAUGCGGCUAACGCUUUCUUUUCAUGUUAUUGUUCUAUUUUUCUUGUAUUGUUGGUUCAACUGUUAUGAAGUAAUGGUUCGUGAAUACUACGAACAGUGGGUAUGUCUGCGUUAUAUGCGGGCGUACGUGCGUGCGUGCGUGCGUGCGUGCGUACGUGCGUACGUGCGCGCGUGCAUGCAUGUCGUAGUUGGAGUUGACGUAUUGUAGAUGAAUCGGCAACUUACAACAUUAACAACAGCACGUUCCUUUUGCAGUGAGCUGUUAAGUCCUGCUUAGUUAUAGUUUUGAGUAUCUUUCUUACAGACAUUUUACUGAGACCCUGUCCUCUUUGUUUAAUGGUUGAAAAUUUCGACGAGUCGGAUCCGUCCAUCACUUUAAAAAUCGUUCGUACAUGUAUAGGUAGAACAAUUAAAUCAUUACAUGAUACGUGUGAAACAAAGUUGCGUGGUUCUAAGUACCAAUCCGAUUGUGAAACAUUAUGUAUGCUUCGCCAGCCGGAAAUAACUCGACAAAAAAAUGUGAACGUUUUGGGGAAAUGUUUAGAUAAAAUGGUCUAUUCCAAUCGCUUGGUCGAAUGACUAUAGUGUCAUGGCCUCUAUGUGAUGACCAGCGUGGCACACGAUGGUACAUUAAGAUUAAUUUUGAUCUAUUGAUUAUGUGAUAUACGUUUAUAGCGAUAGUUUGAUUGUGACAAUUAUAGCGAAUAUAUUUAACGAAUAUUUUAUAUUUCACUUCAUGCACGGUGGGUAUUUUGCAAUUCAUACAUGUACAAACACGCUGUGUACGUUGUUGUGAAUCGUUCACAUUGACAAUUUACUUUGUCAACAUGAAGCAUAUCAUCAAGUAGGAUGACGUCCUAGGUCAAGCUACUUUAUUUGUCACUUUACCUCCGUCUGUCAACUCUUAUCAUUGGUAUAGGGUCGGAUAGCCAGCUGGUAACAUUACAUGCUUGAACACGGCUGGUCCGAGUUCAAGUCCUGGCAAGCCGCCAUGGCUUUUUGUGUGUUUGUAAGCAAGACACUUUCUUCUCAUAUAUAUCACUGCACGCAUGCAUGCAUGCACACGCGCUCGCAUGCGCGUACAUGCACGUAAGAUGCCAUCUUUGCCUUCUCAUAUCUCAUUUCUAAUAUAAAUGUAAGAUGUGCUGUAUUGUCAUCGUGGGUUGUACUGUCUCGGCAGUCAGGUAUGGCGAAGAGCAGAAUCUCCUACAAAAUAAUCUGGGUGAAGCGCGUUCACCACUUUCGGUUAGCUUACAAACAGAAUUUACGUGCAGACGAUGGCUGAUUCCGUGUAUUUUAGUAAGCAAGCAUAAUGAAAAAAUGGGAAAUAUAAUUGGUUCUUAAGACUAAGUAUUUUGAAUCGCUUGAACCGCAGGAAAACAUUUCUUGUGAAGUUUUUGUAGCUAUCACGUAUGCCGUAUGUUAAUCCAAUGUUAUAUCCAUGUUUUAUACCAGGCCUGGCGUAUUUUUAAGUUACAGUUUUUCGCAAUGCAAACUACAGGUAGUGUGUGAGGUACCUGUAUUCAGCGAUCCGCGAUGACACCUUGCUCUGCGAUUCGCUUGUGACUAAGUUACUAGUUAGAUGUAGAAUACGAUUUGCAGUAUGUACGGGUUACUACUAGGUGAUAGCACUUCAUUGACUUGGCCUUGGGUUUCACAUGUGACUUGUUACUAUUUAGAUUUAGAAUCAGAUUUGCAGUGUGUACGGGGUAAUACUAGGUGAUAACACUAUAUAUGAGCGUAUGUCCUAAGAGUUGUGUUAUGUGAUAGAGGGACUAGUAUUUACAAAAGCAUAAAAUAAAUAACGUGGAUCCCCACAGAUCAGAUUAGUGCAUUAGUUAAUAAUACUGGGCUAUAUUGUGCUGUUAUCUUUGAUUAAUAUUCAUUUUACAUUAUCCGUUGGAUAAAAAUAUUGAUUAUAUAACUCCUAUUGUGUAAUUCCAUGCGAUUGCUUAGUAUUGUUUAAUAGGUAGAAAUAGAUAUAUUGUUUGUCAUUGGUGUUCUGUGGAGAUCGUUCUAUAUAUUCUUGUAAUCGCGAGUGUGCCUGCCACUACAAAACGCCAUUUACAUUCAGUGCUUCAGUCUAUAUUCAAUUCAGUCUUAACUCAGUUCUGUGCUGCUCACUGUGAUAGGGCGUAUUAGCAAUGUUUGUGAUUGCGCGUGUAAGGGCUUGUUACUGUACAUGGUACGUGGAGGGUUGGCGGUUCGAGAACGCGUGGACUUCAACCCGGAUCUCUGAUCUUGUAUCUAUUAAAAACAAGUCAUGUUUAUUAAUUACGCCGGACAACGUAAUGAUGUUACCAGGGCUGACAUAAUAUAAAUUAUAUAACCUAUUAGAUUGUAUAAUAUAUGUUAUGUGACUCACUGUUAAUACAAACACCCGAGGGAAUCCUUGUUGCUCUUCUUGUCAUCUCGGGGUCAUAUAGUCAGGAGUGCAUGCAAAGAAGUGUGUUUUUAUUCACUCCUGGCAUUGUGUAUGCGGCUCUCUCUCUCUCUCUGACGCACGCACGCACGCACGCACGCACACACAGGCACGCACGCGGUAUACGAUGCUCUCUUUUCACACACCCUCCCUGACUUGGUCGCUCGGUCGCUCGGUCGCAACCCUUAAUCUUUCUCUGUUAUUUGUGUUUUAUUAGCUUGUAAGCUCAUGCGAAAGGAACUUGUGUGUCUUAUAUGUGAUAGUAAUCUAGCUUAUAUGUGUAUGUGAUUAAAUGCGCAUAUGAUUUAUAUAUAAGUCGAAAUAUGUCCGGCGAAUUAUUGUGUGUUGAAGUUGUUAUAAAAAUCCAUAAAUUAUUUUUCAAGUGGCAAUUGUUAAACGGUGAACUGCGAUUUUGUAUGAGUUUAAGACAGCAGAAUAAUUUGAUAGCUUGUCUUAAUUAACCGUGGUAUGUUUUUGCCGAGUAUGAUCGCGUGUUUCAUUUGUUUGUUUAUGCGUAGUAUAUGUAUAGCGUUACAAUACGCUUGUGGUGGCAAACAGUUAUGUACAAUAAAUAAUCUGUAUUGUUUACACAGUUAUUUAGGUCAACUCAUGCAUGGAUAUGCGUGUAACACUGGUUGUCUUACUGGUUAUAUACGCGAGCUAAAAAUGUCAAGCAUAUCAUAUAUUAUUUAUGUCAAGAUUGCAUCAAUUAAAAUGUGGUGGAAAUAUAAAUGUAUUUGUUUUUAUCUCGGGGCAUCAUCAGAGCAGCGCUUUUACGAAGUGUCAAAUUUAAAAAAAAUUGAAAUAUAGCAAAUAAAACAUUUUAAAAAGGGUGUUUGUUAUCAAGCACGCUUUGGAUAGUGAA